CAGGACUUCUCACAACACAUUCUCAUGAUGCGCGGUGGGACUCCUUGUGCUUCGGCACUUGGGGGGGAGCUUGGCAACCUCCUGGGUGGGCAUCAUCUAACACUAACACAUCAACACUCGACAUCACCAACACACAACAUCUUGAAAACACAUUCUGUGGGCGGGCCUUCAGCAGCUUGGCAACCUGCUGGGGGGUACAGGGGAGCUUGCUCCUUGGGCGGGUUUUCAAGACACAUCACCGGCGCCAGGUGGCGCUGGCAGUCCAGUCCGGUCGACACAACAGACAUAUACAGUGGGCAGUGGGUUUCUGGGGGUCCUCCUCUUGUCAUUGUCAAUCUGGACGGGACAUGA